AUGUUCGCUAUUUGGGUGCGGCGCUGUUUGGUUGCGGCGCUGUUUGGGUGUGGCCCUGUUUGGGUGUGGCGCUGCAUCCUUAGCCAUAAAGAAGUCGGGAAUUGUCAAGGAAGUGCUCUUCUCGUUGAACAAUUGCUACCGCAGGACAAUUGCUAUUAUAGCCUCAAAAUUUAUCCAAAGCUUCUCAUUCAGAUGCCAGAAGAAGAGGCUUUUGCCGUUCUUGUCCCGAUUGUUGGAGAAAUGGAGAACUACAGACUCCGAGAGUUGGUGAAUAGG